CUUUUCGCCAGAAAUUCUCUCGAUCGUACUCCUCCAGGUUCGAUCGUGAUUGUUGAUACAUGGAAUGAUAUGACCAAAACUACAUUCACAUCUUUCUCCGGCGCUUUGAUCGCGAUCAGAAGACGUGGUACGAGUACUUCGUUUGUCUUACGUAACCUCGUCAAUAAAACAGGUGUGGAAAUGCGAUUCAACUUGUACAGCCCUUUGAUCAAAGAGAUCAAAGUCGUUCAACGUGCUGUUGGAUCAAAACGUGAUUCACGCUUACGUCGUGCUCGUCGUGCUAAGUUGUACUACGUCCGU